AUGGCUUCUGACAUGGAUUUCUCACCCACACCCAGCCCCCUUCCCCAAGAUUAUUCUUAUUGCAAUUGUAGCGAUCGUAUAACAACUGUACGAGUUCUCGUCAUCGUAGCUGUUCUCUCCAUGCUCCUCUUGCACAUCCUGGGCUCGUUACGCCGGUUGUCGAGCCACGAUCUCCUCCACACCAUCGUGGCGGGAAUCUACACGCUCUCCUACCCGCUGGUGAGCUACAUCAUUGGGCUCAUGAAAGCUUCCGACUGGUACCAUGUCCACUUUGCCAUCUGGGCCGUGUUCCUGCUGCUGCUCCUCGGCAACACAGACAGCCUCACAGCCCGCCGCCUCAGCGACAUCGACAAUUGGAAGAGCAUCUACGUGAAGCACCUCUUCAAGGUGUUCUUGAUGGUGUACGUCAUGCUGAAGAUAUACGGGUCCCCCAGUGAGGAUGGUAAGCACGUCCCACCUGUGCCCCACCUGCCCGCACUCACGGCCAUCCUAGUUGUUGUCGUCCUCAAGUGGUAUGUCAUGAUCGCCUCCAUGAGGAUGGUGAGCAAGUCCUACCUCUGCAAGAACACCAAGGUGGUCGCCGAGUACAUGAAGCAUAAGGACAACAACCCAGGGGAGCCCUUCGAUCCGGACGGCCCCAGCUGCUUGAAGAAGGUCACCACCGUGGAGCAGAUCUGGCAGUGCAAGGGGAACCUGCUGUUCCAUGAUCAGCGGGGCAAGUUGCUCAAGGACCUGUGCCUCUCCAUGGCACUCUCCAAGAUGCUCAACCGGAGAUUUGCUGGCUUCGAGCUCUCGGAGGCAGAGCUUGGGAAAACCCGUGACUUUGUGUUCACAGGUCUGCUCUCUGGGGACAAGCCGCACCAGCGGGCCUUCAGGGUCGUCGAGGAAGAGCUUGUUUUCGUCCAUGACCUAUAUUACACAAGGGUUGCCCUCACCAUUUUCAUAACCCUUGUUGUCGCAUUCCUGGAGGCAUACCAGCUGUACCUGUACAUAGCCUCAGGUUGGUUCAAGGUGGCGCUGGUACGGAGCUACGUUACCACGCCUUUUCUACAAAGAUGCCGCUUCCUUGAGACGAUCACAGGCCUUGUCUUGAGGUUUAAGGGGUAUCGCCCAUGGAAGGGUAGAGUUGGGCAGUACUGUAUCCUCCGGGAUCUUGGCAGCACAAGCCGAGUUAGAAAUUGUCUCCAUUAUGCUAUACUGUUCCUGCUGGACAAGACCAAGAAGGGGCGCAAGAAUUCAGUCAGGUUGUCUGAGAAUGUGAAGAAAGCCAUCGUAGAUUCCCUGGUGAGAAGCAACGGCCAGCUGACCAACGGGGUAGCAUCGUUGAAAGACAACGGCGUCCAUGGUGAACUCUCAAGGGGAUGUGAUGCUACUGCUACCGACGGGACGGUGACCCACACCAUACUGGUCUGGCACAUUGCCACGACCCUAUGCGAGCACCAUCUGGCGGAUGCACAUGACAGAGAAGACGACGCAGUCAGAACGGCCUCCACUCUGUCCCGGUACUGCUUGCAUCUCCUGGCUUUUGCACCUAACCUGUUGCCUGACCACAGCUCUGAAUCGGAAUACAUGCUUGAUCGCACACUCGACGAAGCAAGCGUGUUACUCGAAAAGGUCAAGAAGUUGGAGAGCAGCUGCCCUCUCAAGAAAAAAAAAAGUUGGAGAGUAGGUGUGAGGAGCUAAUGAAAUACAGCACCCAUGAUGGAGACGAUGGUGAUGAAGAAUCACUCGUUAAGCAGGGCGCUCGGCUUGCGAGGCGUCUGAUUGACGACAUACCAGAAACGAAAUGCCGGUGGAAGGUCCUCUCCGAUUUCUGGGCGGAGAUGAUGCUGUACGUCUCGCCAUCCGAUGAUGCCCGGGCGCACCUGGAAGCUCUUGCCAAAGGAGGGGAAUUCAUCACACACAUAUGGGUGCUGCUCACGCAGGCCGGUGUGCUCAAGCGAGGCCUGCAGGCAGGGCCAAAUGAUGUUGUCUGAUCGACCUCUACAACCAGUGCAGACGACGUAGCAGUCCAUAUCUACCGACCAACUGCCUGUAACAUUCUACCUAUAUAUAUUGUCUAGCUGUACAAGUUGUCACAAAUAACGUCAUACUUCGUAUGUCC